GCAUCAUCAAGUUGCGGAGGAGCCCCCCUCCGAGGCUCAGGGGCCCGCAGUACAUUCUCAACAUCACCGCCACGGACGACAACGUGUCCGGAGGGCCGUACCCGCUCAGCAGCUCCGCACAGGUCAUCGUGGGAAUCAACGACAUCAACAACAACAAACCCGUCUUCCAGGAGUGUUACAACUACAGCGUGAACGCAGCGGUCCUGGAGAACCAGCCGCCCGGGACGUUCGUGCUGCAGGUCCAGGCCCACGACGCCGAUAUGGGGGUCAACGGAGAGGUCAAAUACGGCAUCAUGCACAGAGACGGAGUGUCGUCGGGGUUCGACAUCAAUCCCGACACCGGUGUGAUUGCCACAACGGCGAGUUUCGACCGGGAGCGUCAGAGGGAGUACACGCUGUCAGUGACGGCCACGGAUCAGGCUGAGGAGCCGCUCAUCGGGAUCUGUCAGAUCACUGUCCUCAUCGCCGACCAGAACGACAACGACCCAAAGUUUGAAAACAGCCGCUACCAGUGUGAGUCUCUGCU